AUGGCUGCCCUGUUGCCCUUUUUUAUCACUUUCGCUUCUCCGCCACAGCUUCAUUGCCUGUGGUUUAAUCUUUACGUCUCCCGCUUUUCGAGUCUCUUCCCUUCGACACAAUGGCCGGUCCCGUGCCGCAACUGCACCAAGCACAAGAUCCGCUGCCCUUACAAUGACAUCCAGGUUACUCCCGAGCCUGAGCGCGCUGCCACUCCCGACAACAAGCCCGACCUGAUGUGGACUCCUCAGAUCGAGGCCGACAUUGCUGAGUGGCAACGAACUGGUGUUUUCCCGUUCCCUUCCCUCGGUCUCUACCCGGCUCCCAUUGCUCAACUCUACUCGGUCGAGGAUCUCCGCCUCAUCUACCACCUCGCUGCUCUCUACCAGCAGCUGGCUGCCAUGGAUGCCAACAACUUCACCCUCUGGACUCGCCACAUCCCGACUCUUCUCCAAAUUGGUGCCAACACCCCCUACGUUAUGCACGCUCUCCUGGCCUUUUCUGCCAUGCACAUUGGGUUCCUCACCUCUUGCCAGCGCGUUACCAACAUGGCGUUUGACCACCGUGGCACUGCCCUGAGCGGCCUGCACGCCGCCAUUGGCUCCUUUUCUCGCGAGACCUCGGAUGCCAUCCUCGCCGCCUCGCUUGUUCUCUCCUGGCAAGCCAACGAUUGGCGCAGCUGGACCCAGCUCAUGCAGGGCACCUCCGCCGUCAUUGAUGCCAUGGAAACCUGGAAGCACGAGUCCCUCUUCACCGACUUCAUCGCCGAGAGCAGCACUUUCCCCACUGCUCCUCCCUCGCCCGAUCCUGAGCACCGCCCCAGCCAGCCGCGCAAGGACGACCUCGACGCUUUCCAGCGCACUCUGGACCAAGUCCAAAAGGUUGAAGCCCAUCUCCGCCACCACAGAGAGGAUACCACUCAGGUCCAGCAUCUCAUUGGUUUCCUCAAGGGUGCCCGCAAGAUGAGCCCUACCCUUUCCAUUGCCCAGCAGUACGAGCGUCUUCAGCCUCUCCGUACCUGGCUUUUCUGGAUGCCAGUGAGCUACCUGCAGAACUACAGUGCCUCGCCCAACUCUCUUGUGGUGAUUGCCCACCUCUACACUGUAGCUCUUCUCAUGGAGCGUCUCUUCCCUGAAAUUGGUGCUGCCUAUUUUGGUUCCCUCUCUAUCCUGCCCGUUGAAGAGAUUGCCCGCCGCCUCAUGUCCAUUAGCGUGGCCAGCGCCCCAAGGAGCGCCCACACUCCUCUGACUCUGAUGGAAUUCCCCAUCGAUACCGUCAGCGAGUUUCGCUCCCGCAUGGGCUGGGUCAGCCCCGAGAGGACCCGCUCGUUCCCUCAGUUCAACCCCCCCAACUUUCCCACCCAGGAAGUUGGCAUGGCUGCUGCAACCGAGUCGUACGUCUACAACAGCCCUGCCUUCAGCUACAGUGCCGAGGAGAUGCCCAUGCUCAACAAUGCCGUUUCCAUGGCUGCCGAGGGUAGCCCCAUGAUGAUGUCCUCCCCCUUUGUGAGCCAGCACUACCUCGGUGUUCCCUCGCCUUCCUUUGCGGCCUACUCUCCCGCCUCCUCCACUUUCGAGGGUUCCGUUGCCUACAGCGAUCCUGAGGAAUACGCAUCCUUUGACCUGCACAAUUUCCAGACUGGUCACUCGCCUAUGCUCGGCGAUUCGCAUCUCAGCUAUGGAGUAGGGAAUCCGAGCCCCUCUUUGGCCAGCAACGCAACCUACCCAGCAACCUAUCCACCACCUCGCCAGGACGCCGCCUCCAUGUACGCGCCGGCCUUUACCGGCGACAUGGCCAUGUUCAACCCGGAUGCCUUUACGAUGCUUCCCCGUCCAGAGUCUCCGAUGCCUUCGAGCAGCUCACCCGCACACUUUCGCCACCGCCAGAACACCUCCGUCUCCUCAGGACCCCACCCGCCUUCACCUCUCACUCAAGCACCGCUGGUGCCUGAGCACGACCCUAAGGGCAAAGGACGAGCUCGGUGA